GGGAGGCGGAGCGCCGCCCGGCUGCACUCGGCUGCGGCGGCCCCUAUUGGCCGCGGUGGGGGCGCCUGGUGACGUGGCCGCCGGUACCGGCGGCGGGUGCCGGCAGCGGGGCGAUGCGCGGGCGGGCGGCGGAGGGCGCACAUGGCCAGGAUCGGCGUUUCCUGCCCGUCGUGGCGCUCGGCGGGACCCUGCCCGUUCUUGGGCCCGCGGCAGCGCCCGGCGGCGCUGGGGCUGGCCCUCGUCCUGGGGCUGCUGCUGCUGCUGCUGGUGGCUGCCGCCCCCCGCCGCUGGACCGCGCCGUCCCGCGCCAGCCGGCGCGACGAGAGGUACCUGGCGCGGGUGGAGGAGCUGACGGCCACCGACACCGAGGACCUGGCCCUCAGUUACGGGGUGGUCAUCGACUGCGGGAGCAGCGGGUCCCGGGUCUUCGUCUACUUCUGGCCCCCGCACAACGGGAACCCCCACGACCUGCUGGACAUCAAGCAGAUGAGGGACCGCAGCAGCCGCCCCGUCGUCAAGAAAAUUAAACCAGGCAUCUCCACCGCGGCGGCGGCGGCCCCGGAGAAAGCUACGCCCUACCUGCGCCCGCUGCUCCAGUUCGCGGCGGCCCACGUCCCCGUCCAGAAGCACAAGGAAACGCCGCUGUACAUCCUAUGCACGGCCGGCAUGCGGCUGCUGCCCGAGAGGCAGCAAGCUGCAAUCCUGGAGGACUUGGCGAGAAACGUGCCCCUGGAGUUUGAUUUCCUCUUCUCCAAAUCACACGCAGAAGUGAUUUCAGGCAAACAGGAAGGUGUCUAUGCUUGGAUCGGCAUCAACUUUGUCCUGGGGCGGUUUGAUCACGAGGAUGAGGAGGAUGCGGUGGUCACCGUAGCACUGGGGGACCAGGGACAGUCCCUGGUUCGGAAGCGAACAGUUGGGAUCCUAGACAUGGGCGGUGCCUCCCUGCAAAUCGCCUAUGAAGUACCCGACUCUGGAGCCUUCUCCUCCCCACAGCAGGAGGAGGCUGCUAAGAGCUUGCUGGCAGAAUUCAACCUGGGCUGUGACGUGCAGCACACUGGCCACAUGUACCGCGUCUACGUCAACACCUUCCUGGGCUUCGGGGGCAAUUUUGCCCGGCAGCGCUAUGAGGAGCUUGUGCUGAACCAGACCUAUGUGCACAACCGCCUGCACAGCCAGUGGACAGGGCUGAGCCCCGAGAUACCCUUCCUGGACCCCUGCUUGCCCGUGGGGCUGGAGGACACGGUGGCCAGGGGUGGCCAAACCCUGUACGUGCGAGGGCGAGGGGACUGGCUGGCCUGCGCGGAGCAGCUGCAGCCCCUCCUGGCUGGGUCCAACAGCAGCCAGGCCUCCCUGGUGGGGGCCUACAAAGCACCCAUCGACUUUGGCAAUAGCGAGUUUUACGGCUUCUCUGAGUUUUUCUACUGCACAGAGGAUGUGCUGCGCCUGGGGGGCCGCUACAGUGCCCCCAUCUUCACCUCUGCCGCCCAGGAAUACUGCAGCCAGCGAUGGGAGGUGCUGACCCAGCGCUUCCGUGGCGGCCUCUACUCGGCACAUGCUGACCAGCACCGUCUGAAGUAUCAGUGCUUCAAAUCAGCCUGGAUGUACCAAGUCCUUCACCAGGGCUUCCGUUUCCCCCUGGACUACCCCAGCCUGCGCACGGCCCAGCUGGUGUACGACCGGGAGGUGCAGUGGACGCUGGGAGCCAUCCUCUACAAGACACGGUUUCUGCCACUCAGGGAUCUCCGGCAGGAGAGCAUCCGGCAAGCACAUGCCUCCUGGCUGCGCCUCUCUUUUGUCUACAACCACUAUCUCUUCUUCGCCUGCAUCCUGGUCGUAGUGCUGGCCAUAGUCCUCUACCUCCUGCGGCUGCGCCGCAUCCACCGCCGGCAGCUGCGCUUGGCCCAGCUCACCCUGCUCUGGCUGGACAAGGUGGUGGUACCACCAAGCCAGGGAAACGGGCUAUGACAUUGGUGGUACCCACCGUCCCAUUGCACCAGCAGAACCAGGACUGUCUGACAGCCUGGGCUCCGAGGGCUUGGACUCUUUCUUGAAGACCAUCUCAACUCUGCACUCCAUCAUCUCCACAUCAGAACCAAAACCUGUGGGCCAAGGCAGCUACAGCCACCAGAGCUUUCCUCUCUGCCUCGCCCCAGUCCUAAUCUUCAUGUUCCUUGGCCUCCGGCCUUCUCCUUGCUACGUGGUGUAGAGCAAAGUCCUCUGCUGCUAGCGGGCUCAAGGCUGCAGCCCUGGCAGGUCCCUCAGAUAAGCAGGACAUUAUCGCUGAGGUGGCCAACCCAGGGCUGUUGCCUGAAGCACUAGGCCACCCCAUGACUCAGCCACCAGUUUGCAGAGCAAGCUGGUGAGGUGCUGUAGGUCAUCACCCAAGGUCCUUUACAAGUCCAUGAACCAGGUGAGCCACGAGCUCCAGGGGGCUGUUCUGCCCAGCCUGGCCCCUCUCAGAGCACUCUUUAAGAGGUGUCCUGCUCUUUGCCAUGUCUUCCCCUCCUAGGACAAUCCUCCCAUAGUCCUAGCCACUGCCCCAGGCUCAGCACCGAGAGCUCAGGGAUUGGUACCUAAGGCACCACCAAAGUGGGCUGUGUUUCCUUUCAUACAUUCCCUCCUCGGCGCAUCUGCCCCGUGAUGUCCCACAGGUUAAUCAGGCACUACUGCCAGGACCCGUGGUUCUCUCCCCUGAGCGCAGGCUGGGCCUGCCCACAGGGCAACCACCUCACUCCAGCUCAGCUCACUGCCCCAGGGCAGAUCUGGGCUGUGGCUCUGCGCACAGGCACGAGCCUUCUUCCCCUGGGGCUGGAGCCCCUGAUGACCCAAUGAAGAUCGUCACUUUUUACUUGAACUCGGCUGUUCCCAUUCCUGUAGCAAUAAACAAACUCCUUGAGCCAUCCAACACUGGUCUUGUUUUCUAGCAAACACCUCCCCAACAGUGAUGGCUCUGGGCUGGCAGCAUGACUGGGGGCUGGUAGCGGCAAUGAUCCAAACUGAACUGUUGUGAUUCUCGGAGGCAGCAUCCUUUGCUGCUCUGCUCUCCUCCCUCCUCUUAACACAAGGAAAUUGAGCCUGGCCACUCAGAGCCCCUGGAAGAUGUUGUUCCCUGCUUUUCACCUAAUUCCCCACCCCAGCCUAGAAAAGGAGCCACUAAGCUUCUCCAGCUGCUGCACAGCCACAGGGAUGGCCCCAGCACAGCUGCCUACCACCAGGGAGGCUGGACACGUACACAAUUUUCCCUCUAGCACAUGCUGCUGCCUACCUGUGACCCCAGUCCCACAGGACAAGUGCACAGGUGGCAUCAAGGAUAAAACUUUCCAGGCACCCAGUGUGCUGCCAACCUUCUGCUCCACAGC